GCCUAGAAGGCGGGGGACCGGGGAGGCGGCUGGCUUUAAAUGGGGGCCGUCCGGCGGCUCGGGAACAGUCUGCCGCGGGGGGAGCGCGGACCUCCUUUCCCCGCGCCGAGGAUCGGCCGGGGCCGCUGCCAGGCAAGUUCGCCCCCGAGAGCCCUGGUGCCGCGGGCCGAGAUGCUCCUCCGGGACUUGGUGCUGCGCCGGGGCUGCUGCUGGCCCUCACUGCUGCUGCACUGCGCGCUCCACCCGCUCUGGGGCUUCGUGCAGGUGACUCACGGGGAGCCCCAGAAGUCCUGCUCCAAGGUGACCGACGGCUGCCAACACAUCUGCCAGUGCCGACCCCCUCCCUUGCUGCCCCCGCCACCCCCGCCCCCACCGCCUCCCCGACUCCUCUCUGCCCCAGCCCCCAACUCUACCUCGUGCCCCGCGGAGGAAAGCUGGUGGUCGGGGCUGGCCAUCGUCAUCGCGGUAUGUUGCGCUUCCCUGGUGUUUCUCACUGUGCUCGUCAUCAUUUGCUACAAAGCCAUCAAAAGGAAACCACUGAGAAAAGAGGAGAAUGGCACCAGUGUUGCUGAGUAUCCCAUGACCUCCUCGCAGAGCAGCAAAGGGGUGGACGUGAACAGCGCCGUGGUGUGAGUCUGCAGACCUCGGACCCGCUGGCCAGAGGGGCACAUUGGUGGCGCUGGUGGCAUUAGUGGACCCGGGAAAGCAAGUGGACCUGAGCUGACGCUAGGCUUGUCCAGGACUUCCAAAGGAGAAACCAUCCUCUUCCCAGCCUUGACCCCGGUUACCUCACGAGCAAGGCAGCGCAGACACCGGGCUGAGCCAGGAUCCCCUGUACGCAGCUCCUGGGGACAGCCCCACACCCCAGGCCCUGCACAUCUCCUCCCUGUCUUGUCUUUGAUUUCCUGUCUCCCGGCUGUGCUCUGACAAAGGCAGGGGGAGUCUGUCUGUCUGUCUGUCUGUGCUGGGCCAGGGAGGCAUCCUGCUUGGGCCAAGAGAAAGGUGAUCUGGGGCCACUCCCCUGCCAGAAAACCUCUCCUCCUCCCCAGCAAGCCCGUCCACUUCAUUCACCGUGCAUCCCGACAGAAGCCAUCGGCAGAGCCACGAGACGUCCCCUUCCAAAGGUGCUUCCCACACAUCUGUCUGUUGCCGCAUCUGCCACUCUCUUCAGUCUUCAGGGCCUGCCUCCUUCCUCCCCUUUGCACCCACAUCCAGGGCCCCUGGCUUGGGACCCCUGCCCCCCUGCCGUGGAGGGCUGUGAGCCCGGCCAGCAGAGGCCCCUCCUGGCAGCAGACAGAGGAGUUCUUUUAGUGUCUGACCUUUCAGGGGCAAAGCAGCUCACUGGGCACCAGGCCAAGGAGCCAGGAAGGACAGAGGCCCCUCCGCCCGUCCUCAGACUCAUCCCCGCAGCUGAGCCUCAUAGCACCUGCCGCGUGUGAGCCAGGCCCCGCCCUCAUCCGGCGGAGGCCGCCACUGUGCCAAGCCCCUGUGGGCACUCCGGGCUAGGCUGCCCUGACCUGGCUCUGGGUCCUCUGACAACCACCACCUCCCCCACACCCCAAAGGCCCUGACCAGGUACAGACCCUCUCCCAAGAGCCUCCGGCCCCCCUCACCCACAGGGAGGUGGUGUCCUCCCAGUGCUCCCCUUUGAAUGUCUCUUCCCAAGGUCUUGUGUUUAAAACAUGCUGAAGCCUCCGGAGGGGUUGGUGGAUGAAGGGAAGAAAGAGGAUGGAAGGAGACGAUCCUCUGGGCCUGGUAAUCCUGGUCCACCCGCCUGUGUCCCGGGUGACCACGGGGCCUGUGGGCACACGACUAACCCCGUGGAGACAGUGGCCUGUGGCUCGGUCUCCCCUGGCGGACUGGGAGAACACUCCCGACCCCGUGGUUCCCUCACGUCCCACACAGUUGCGCAGAACUGGACACAUGUCAUGGUCCUCCUCUCUCUGCAUAGGGACUUAGCUCAGUAGACCCUCUCCACCUUCCAGACCAUCAAGCCAUAAUUCCCUGGAGGGUGUUUGGGCCACAGUGAGAAUUUCCUAUCCAGGUAAGCCUCACAGAAAACAAGUCCCCGUUCAGGCUGAACCUUGGAACUCCAUGGUCCUGGAGCUCCUGUGCCCAUGGAGUGGUCUGUGGUCCAUUGUGUUUUGGAGGGUAGAGAGGAGAAAGUGAGUUUGCUGGGACCCUAACCCGGGUCCUCCCCCCCAGGUCAGCAGGGACAGGCCCAGGCCCUCCCAGAAAGGGUUCGUUCUUUUCAGUUUCCUUCGGUGUGAGGACCUGUUUUGCGUUUGGGUUUGGGUUUGGCUACCCCUGCCUGCGUGAGCAUGGCACCCUACCGCCAGUGGCCGUGGUCAGUGCCCCCAGCUGGUGGGCGCUGGGCAGUCCUCUCUGCCCAUGCCUCCCACUCCCACAAGGGAUGCAGAGCUGGUGACAAGAGCCCAGAGGGUGUGGGGGGCGCUUUCCCUCACGGUCUCCAGCCUCCCGCUUAGUCCCCAGCUUAUGCCCAGAGCAGAUACCCAGGGAGGACCCCCGCCGCCAGCAUGUGCCACCCUGGACUCAGAGGGGAUGGGACGGCCCCCUCUGUCAGAGGGGAAAAUCCCAGCUAAGGGGCCAUGGAGGGGUGGACGGCCAGCUUGGAGAGACAUCAGGGAGGCAGGGCAUAGGCCCGCUUUGCACAAUCCCACUUGUCCCACCUUUCCUGACCUGACUUCAACCUAGGAGGUUUUACAACUAGCCAAAUCCUUCAGCCCCUGGCAAGGCCCCCCCAUGAGGAAGCUUGACAACUACCCAUGGUGCCCUGCGGCCAGUGUCCCCUUCCUGGGGGACACGAGCGGAGCUCUGGGAAGAGCUAACAUUUGUGCAUAAAUUCCCCCAAAUCGCAUUUGUAAAGUCUCUCCUCCCUCAGUUAGUGAAAACCAAGAGAAGAACAGACCUAGUUCUUAAAAAAGAAUCAACAUGGAAGUCAACCCACCAAACCUAGAAGUGACCAUUUGGGAACUCUCACACGCGGCAGCAAGGGAACCUCACCGGAGUUUUGGCUUAAGUGACAGGAAAAAAAAAAAAAAGAAAAACAACCACACGGCCUGGUAUUUGAGCUCAGAACUUUCAUUUAAGGAAUGUAUCUGCAGUCCGUUAACACAGACCAAUCCUCAGACUAGCCCAAACUUUGAGGUCGAGAAUGAAAUGCACAUUUCUUUUCUGCCUUUUCUCAAAUAGAUAUUUUUUAACUGUCUCUUAGUCGAGCCCAACUUAGAACGGCCUACAGGAUCUCCCAGAGUUUUUAGGUGUUCCUUAGAAGCUUCUAAAGCAAGUUUUGGAAGGAAGACUAAUAGCUGUAAAAAUAUAGACAUAUAUAUUAUAUAUCGUUAUAUAUAUAUAUAUAUAUUUAAAGAGAUCUCUAGCUAUAUAAAAUCACUGUACUCUGCGAAUCUGUACAAAGUCUGAUUCCAACAGCCCAGGUGUGCGCGCUCUCUAACGCAUGAAUGUGCAUUCCCUGAGAUCUGCCUUCCUGACGUGUGCCCAGGGCCCACAGCAACAGGGCUCUCGUCCGCAGGAGCUCUGUCUCCGUGGACAAGCAUGAAGUCCGGGCCGUCUUGUCCACCAGCGAGCCGCUCCUGUGGAUUUUGUGCGGAGACCACCUCAGGAGCAGGACCGGCGGUGCCGGGGUGGAGAGGCAGGCUGGAUGCUCUUUACAAGGAAGAAAGUACCAUGCCUUUUUUAUUUUCAGUAAAA